AUGGAGCAAGAAGAUUCCACCCGGAGCACGAAACUUGUGGUGGCAUCAUCGAACAACGAAAAGGACGCAACGGAUGGGCAGGGGGGCUCCAGGAAUACCAAACAAUUGCAAAGCACAAGGAAGAGGGUUUCUCAAGCUUGCGAUAAGUGUCGGAGUCGCAAAGACAAGUGCGAUGGGAAACGGCCAUCAUGCUCAACUUGUUUGACCCACGGCCGGACAUGUUCAUACGACGCGAAUGUGAAGAAACGAGGGUUGCCAGAAGGAUAUGUUCGUGGGAUAGAGAAACUAUGGGGUCUUACGAUAAGGGAGGUCAAAGGUGUUGAGGAAGGAAUUCUCUCUAUAUUCAAUGGGGAUGAAACAAAUGAGGCACUUGUUAGUACUUGGAGAAAUGAGGAUGGACAAUCGGACAGCCUGGCCGAGGUAUGGAGGAAGUCUCAAUUGUCAAGAGAGCUUGAGAGAUUACUACCGAUUUUAGAACCAGGGCCUGGAUCCGGUAGCGCUGAAAUAAUUAAAAGAAAACGGCUUGAUUCAGACGUCCAAUUAGGGAAACGGCCGGUGCUAGGUGGCCAGUCAAAUUCUCCUAUAUCUGUUCCGAACAAUGAAUAUCAACCAAGAACAUCGAUAAGCGGUUGGCCAGAUCAGAAAAUUGAUUUUCAGAUACCAGAGGAAGUACCUGCGUCACCAAUAGCAGCCGGUGGCUCUACGAGAAGCUUUGCAAACGGUGUACAAGAUCCAGGCGCACACUAUGCAUCAAUACCAAGUCCUGCUUACCCAAUAGUCUCAAUUGACAUCAACGCCAGUACGACUUUGCCAGAACUUCCAUCGGAGACCUGGCAUCUACUUGAUGUAUAUUUUUCUUAUACUCAUUGCUGGCUACCCAUUGUAGAAAAGCACGAUUUACUACGAAUCUCGUAUCAAUAUUCUCAAAUAAGAGAUAGUGGAACCGAGGGUUUCAGUGGUGACCAUGCACUUUUAUGGGCUGCAAUAGCUUAUGCUAAGUUUCAACAUAGAGCAAUAAACAACAUACCUCAUGCUGUGGGGCUGGUAUCGCAAGAUGUCUGGACAGCCGAAAGAAUGUAUACACACGCAAGAGCUCUUAUCCCGAACGAAGAAGGAAACCUAGAUCUUGGCCAUGUGCAGGCUUUACUAAUAUUGACUCUUACAAAUCUUGGCCUGGGGCAUUUUAACAGGGCUUGGAUUCUUGUUGGACAAGCUGUCAGAAUUGCCAUCGAGCUUGGUCUAGAGAAAUCCUCAGCCGAGGACCUAAAGUCCUCGAAGCAUAGCUCGAGAUCUAAGCAUGUGUUCCUUGGAUGCUUUGCUCUAGACACCUUAGUCGCAGCACGGCUACGAAGGCGGCCACAUUUAAGUUCAGAUGAUCUGGAACCCGUCGGGAUAUUGGUUGAAGAUGGCCUGGAAGAAUGGGAUCCCUGGAUGGAUUGUCUCACUGUCCGAAGAAUCGCCAUCGAAAAUUCUAGAGUCCCUGCAUCUAUUUUGAGUACUUUCAAUCGCCUCAUUCAAGUCCUUCAGAUACUAAAUGAUGCAAGUCGUGUAUCCGAAAGUGCAAAGACUGCCCAAUUCGGUACUGGCUUAUUGGAAAGGCUAAAUGUAUGGAGUCGUUCCCAAUCCCAGUCCCUGUACUUCGAUUCCACUGCCACGAAUAGCGAGCAAGCUUCUUCAUUGCUACCACAUCAUUAUCAUCUUCACGUUGCAUAUUUCACCACACUUGCAGGAUGCCAACUCCUUACCCAUGGUCUGCGAAAAGGAAGCCCGGAUUUAGAACCUUGCACGAGAUCGGCACGUCAAAUAGUCCAUCUUUUGAAGCGGCAUUCAUACACCUUUGGACUUCUCAUUAUUCCACCCACAUUCGAGUAUUUCACCAAGACGGCAUAUGAUGUUGUCCAUGCUGUUCGGCGGAGUAUAGAAAAUACUCAUAUCGUUCUUGACGAUUGGAAAUAUGAUUUAGAUAUGUGUGUUUCUACAAUGGAACCAGCUUGGCCGGUAUUUGAACUCUUUAAAAAUGCUGCCAGUAAUGCGAAGUCAAGAAUUCGACGUGAAAGCCACGCUGCGUCUGAUCUUAGUAUCCCGACCGCCGCGGAAACACCUCAAUCGGCCAAAACGCCUAACAGUACUGCCAGCUACGAGAUAAUCCAGCCAUACAGUCCUCAAAUCUUCCGAUCGCAAUCAUUGAAUAGUGUGGAUGUAUCACGGCCCAACAAAAAUAAUCUGCAGUACGCAAAGAAUCUCGUCCCGCCAACAUCACAUUCUAACACCACUUUCAAUGGUUCCAUGGCUGAGAAUUUCGCUCCGAGAAUCCCAGAAAGUCCUCAAUCGUUGUAUAAUAGUGGAAAUAACGCAAUUCUAAACCCGUGGAGUGUUCACCAACAAAAUCAGAAUCAAAACCGGGCCACAAAUCAAAUGCCAUUUGGAUUGCUCCAGCCAUCACCCAACCUGCAACGAGCUUUACUUCCGAGUAGUAUGGAUAAUGAUGGUGAUGCGAUAUUCAACGAUUUCGCUGUCAUGGAUGCAAUGGAAUGGACGAAUAGUACGGAUCAAAGUCUAGUAAAUCUCGGUUUUGAAGAUCCAGACAAACGAAACCAGGACUUUUAUAGAUUCUGUCGUGAACCCGACCCGCUAUAUUCAAACAACAGUAUAUUUCAGCAAUUACUCGCGAACUCUGCGGCAGAUCCAUCGGGGAUGGGUGCUCAAGGUUUUGAAAAUACGGGGAUAGGUAUGCCUAGUGCCACGACUUUUGGAGGAGGUAUGGAUUUUGGGAACGGCGAUGAAGGAAUAGAGGCUGGGCAGAUACUCCAAGCAUUGAGUGCUGCUGAAGAGCAAAGAACCAACACUGGUGGGAAUGGUUGA